AUGGAGAGCAAGAUGAUCCGUAUGAAAUUCAUCGAGUUUGAGGAUGCACUGGAACAAGAGAAGAAGGAACUUCAGACACAUGUGGAGUCUUUGGAGUUACAGACCAGGCAGCUGGAACUCAAAUCUAAGAACUACGCAGACCAACUUACCAGACUGGAGGAGCGGGAAGCGGACAUGAAGAAGGAAUACAACGCGUUACACCUGCGGCACACUGAGAUGAUACAAACUUACGUGGAACACAUCGAACGAUCCAAGAUGCAUCAAGUUGGGGGAAAUGCACAAUCUGAUGGAACGAUGACCGGGAGGAAUAAUCAUCGCCAACCAUGGAGAAAAAGUAGGAAGGAACGGCCGAAUACUCUGGGCCCCCUCUUCCCUGUGCUGGACGGGAAUCUCCGUGGACAGCAAGUUGGUCGUAUCACUCCUGGUUCUGACAAUUGGCAUUUGAGUGAUCUAAGUCAGCCCCCAUCUAAUGGUAGCGGGAAGGAUGAUACCUUGGAGUCUGGCCAGUCGUCUGCUGCUGCCACCCCAAGUACUACAGGGACCAACUCCAACACACCAACGUCAUCCGUCCCUUCUGCAGCUGUCACUCCGCUAAACGAAGUAAUUAAUCCAAUCUACAACGGGGACGGAAAAGUCAAGAACCAGCGAAAGCGGGCGAAAGGUAAUAGCAGAAACAUGGAAGUCCAGGUCAACCAGGAGAUGAGGAACGUCAGCAUAGGAAUGGGGAGUAGUGACGAGUUGUCGGAUCUCCAGGAGAUUAUUGAUUCAACACCGGAACUUGAUAUGUGUCACGAUUCUCGCUUUGAAGGACGUGGAGGCAACAGCCCCACGCAAGGAAUCGUAAAUAAAGCGUUUGGGAUAAACACGGAAUCACUGUACCAUGAGCUUUCCACUGCUGGGUCAGAAGUCAUUGGCGAUGUGGACGAAGGGGCGGAUCUUCUCGGAGAGUUUUCAGUUCGUGAUGAUUUCUUCGGAAUGGGAAAGGAAGUUGAGAAUCUUAUUAUGGAGAACACUCACCUUCUGGAAACGAAGAAUGCCCUGAACAUAGUGAAGAAUGACCUGAUUGCCAAGGUGGAUGAGCUGUCGAGUGAGCAAGAGGUGCUGAAAGGUGAGCUGGAGACUGUCAAACAAGCCAAAGCCAAGGUUGAGAACCGAAUGAAGGAACUGGAGGAAGAACUGAAGAGGGUUAAGUCCGAAGCUAUUGUGGCCCUGAAUAACAAGGAAGGCAGAGAGGAACUGGAGGAUGUAAGCGAUGAUGUGCAGGUGGCCCAGAGGCGGCGUUUCACCCGGGUGGAGAUGGCGAGGGUGCUGAUGGAGCGCAAUCAGUACAAGGAGAGGUUAAUGGAGCUGCAGGAGGCUGUCAGGUGGACUGAGAUGAUCAGAGCUUCUCGAGAAUACCCAUCAAUCCAGGAGAAGAAAAAGUCAGGCAUUUGGCAGUUUUUCAGCCGCCUCUUCAGCUCCUCUUCUACAGCCCAGCCCACCAAGAGGCCACCGGUUCUUCAUUACGCUGCUCCCAACACCUACGGCUCUUCUGGCUUCACCAAGCGGCGGAGCCACACCAUGUCGCAGUUAUCUACCGCAGACAGAACACGUGCCAUAGACUUCCUGCCUGAGGAACAGAAAGUUCCUAAGGAGGAGAAGAAACCAGACCCAGAUAAUGAACAAGUCGACUGCACCUCGAGUGCUCGGCGGGAGCUGAAACGCGAGCAGUACCGCCAGGUCAGGGACCACGUCAGGAAUGAUGAUGGCCGACUGCAGGCCUGUGGCUGGAGCCUCCCGGCCAAAUACAAACAGUUGAGUCCAAAUGGCAGCCAGGAAGACAAUCGUAUGAAGAACGUCCCGAUCCCGGUCUAUUGCCGUCCAUUGGUCGCAAAGGAUCCCACCAUGAAGCUUUGGUGUGCAGCCGGUGUGGAUCUGACCGGCUGGAAGCCCCAGCGUGUGGACAACGGGAAUGAGCUAGGCCGCUCGCGUAGCUGUGACCCCCUCACCUCCGACACCGAGAAGGAUGGGAAGAAUAGCAGCAGCCAUAGCUCGCCCGAUAAAAACAAGAAGACUUCCAGUGCUGAGGACGUCUCGAGCCGUGUGUGGAUCUGCACUAGCACACACUCCACCAGUAAAAUUGUCAUCAUUGAUGCCAACCAACCUGGCACCAUUAUGGAUCAGUUUAUAGUGUGUAAUGCCCAUGUGCUGUGUAUCACCAGUGUUCCAGCUGCGAGCGAGAGCGACUAUCCGGCCGGAGAAAUAUUUUUAGAGGGAGACUUGAAUCCGGAUGAUUCCAGUGGAGCUGAAGGGGUAUUAGCAGGAAUCACCCUGGUAGGAUGUGCAACACGAUGCAAUGUCCCCCGGAGCAACAGCACAUCCAGAAGUGACACCCCAACAUCUGACAAAGGACAAAGUGAUAUGGCUACUGUUAAAGGCGGCAAGGUUAACCAACCACAAUCUGCUGAAGAAGCAACUGAAGCCACAGAAGCAACAGAAAACAGUGCGGGUGAUGCGGAGCCAACAUUGGCCCGGCCUAGUGCCUACACAGAGCAUGUGUUUACAGACCCAGCACAGACAGAAGAUAAAACUCAGCUCAGGGAAAAUGGUCAACCCAAGGAGGAACCGAAUGCUGGCCAGUCGGUACAGGAAAUAAAUAAUCGCAGCCCCAACGGAUCAAUUACGAGCGCUGCCCCGACCAUGUGGUUAGGGGCACAAAAUGGCUGCCUUUAUGUUCACUCUGCUGUGUCCAACUGGAAGAAGUGCCUGCACACCAUCAAACUGAAAGAUGCCGUCCUCAGUAUUGUGCAUGUGAAGGGACGUGUUUUGGUGGCACUGAAUGAUGGAACAUUGGCUAUCUUCCACCGAGCUGAAGAUGGUCAGUGGGACCUGAGCAAUUACCACCUCAUGGACCUGCGCCGUCCGAACCACUCCAUCCGCUGCAUGGCUGUUGUGCACGACAAGGUCUGGUGUGGCUACAAGAACAAAAUCCACGUCAUCCAGCCUAAAACAAUGCAGAUCGAGAAAUCCUUUGAUGCACACCCGCGGAGGGAAAGCCAAGUGCGCCAGUUGGCGUGGAUUGGUGAUGGGGUUUGGAUCUCAAUUCGCCUGGAUUCCACCUUGCGCCUUUAUCAUGCGCACACACAUCAGCAUCUACAGGAUGUAGACAUUGAGCCUUAUGUCAGUAAAAUGUUAGGUACCGGCAAAUUGGGAUUCUCUUUUGUGCGAAUCACAGCUUUGCUAAUUGGUGGAAACCGCCUUUGGGUGGGGACAGGAAAUGGAGUGGUUAUCUCUAUCCCAUUGACAGAAACUGUAGUUUUGCACCGAGGUCAACUGCUGGGGUUCAGGGCCAAUAAGACCUCACCAACUGGCAGUGAAGGAAACCGUCCUGGCGGAGUGAUUCGUGUGUACGCAGACGAGAGCAGUGACAAAGCCUCCAUUGGCAGCUUCAUCCCAUAUUGUUCCAUGGCUCAAGCUCAGCUCUGUUUCCAUGGACAUCGGGACGCAGUCAAAUUCUUUGCGUCUGUGCCAGGUAAUGUUCUGGCAACAUUGAAUGGCAGCGUGUUGGACAGUCCCACAGAGAAUCCAGGACCAACAGCCCCUGAGCAAGAAGAGAGAAAGCUGCAACCUGUCUUAGUGCUCAGCGGAGGAGAGGGCUACAUUGACUUCAGGAUCGGUGAUGGUGAGGAUGAUGAGACAGAGGAAAGCUUGCCAGAUGGAAUAAGACCGGCUCUCUCCAAGGCAGAACGAAGUCACAUUAUCGUCUGGCAGGUGUCCUAUGUUCCUGAAUGAGAUGUUGCUACCACAAAACUUAUCACUAAAUGCCUGCACUUCAUCUGUAUGUACAUAUAUACCCUGCAUUGUACCUGUCCGUGUAGGAAGCCUCUCAAAAUCUAUAAAUCCUGUGGCAUUUCCAUCGUGUCCCCACUUUGGAUUGGUCAUUUGUUGAAAGUCCAUCACCUUUUGAAUUCAAUUUAAAACAAAGCGAUAUGAGAAAAUCCUUGGGAAUAGCUAACGCUGGGAUAUUUGUUUUGGAGACUGAACCCCUAUUUACAUUUAACCAAGUUAGUUGCUGUUCCAAGCACAUGUCUAUAUAAUUAACCUGUUCUUAAAAUUUUGAACUGACUUGAAAGAUGUGACUGUAAUGCAUACCAGGUGCUGGAGGAGGUAAUUUCACAAGGCAACUUUUCCAAUCUGUUCAAAUACACAUCUUUUAAAAGUUUAAUUCUGUUUCUAAAUAGGAUUUAAUUUCUUUCUUUCAAUUUAUCAAACUUUACACCAUCCCCUCCCCCCACCAAUGUUUUAUUAAAAGUUCACUCCCAAUAAUGUUCAUCAUUAAGUAAUCACCUGGAGCAGUUACUCCAUCAGUUGAGUUUUUCACGAGGUUCUGUCAUUGCAAUGAAAUCCAAAGGACAGGUGAUGUAAGAGAGCUAGAAGGAAUGGAUAGGUUUUCGGAAACAUCAUUAUGGGUCCCAUAAUAUGGAGUGAUAGAGAUGCAAAGGCUGAGAAUUGAUGUCCAAGGAUGAUGAUGAUGUUCCAUGAUGCCCCCAAGUCAGUUUUUAAGUCACUUUGAUGAUAGAUUGGAAUGAUUACAGCACAUUGGAACCCCCUCAUUUUUAACUACCCACCUGUUUACUUUGAAGGCAGCACCAUUGAGAAUGUUAUUUCUCCUUCAAGAUGGGCUUCCACACACCGCUCUGAGAAAUGAAUGUCGACCACUGUUCAUUGUAGCUGUCAGCGUUCUAGUUGACACUCGUCUGGGUUUGGUGGAACCUGCUAUUAUCUGUGUCGUUUUGUAACUGUAACUGACCCCAGAGAUAGGAAACUAGGGAAUAUCAAUGGGAAUGUAUUCAUUUCAGAAUGUCAUUGGGUUCUGCAAAACUUCUGGAGCAAAAUGAGAGGGUUUUAAAGAUGGCAGUCACUUUCAAUUAACCAUUUUAAUCAGUUUUUUCAUAGAAUAUACAUCUCUUUGUAUUUUAAGUAGUUAUAUUUUGGGUUAUAUUUUGGGAACAAAAGAAUUAGUCUUGGAGAUCUAUGGUGGCAAUGCAAUACGAUGAAGGACUUGGGCACAUGAUGUACAAUUUUCUGGAAGAGUAUCUUGGCUGGAUAGAUCUAUGGAUAGGUAGCUGUAGAUUGUAUGCAAGAUUGUAGCAAGUUAUCUCAAGGACACCUUGGCCCCUGGCCUAUUGGGUGGAAACUGUAGAAAGAUGUUUCAGUAUUCAUCAGCAACCCAUAUCAGCUACAUUUUCACCAUGUCACAGAAAUAUUCAUGAUGUACAUUCAUGGUGUUCCAGUAUUGAAUCAUUGAGUGAGAGACCAUAUGCUUUGAAGUUUGUUUUAACUUGCUCCCAGUUAUCCGUUAAAAAAGUAAAAGUGUCUUGAGAAAAAGAAGAGCAAAUCUUAAAAGGGAUCUAGUUAGCGCAGACUGGCAAUGAUUACACACUGUGGCUCAUACUAAAGUAUUCAGUAUUACCUCCUAGGUUAUCCACAAGCAGUCUCUACUACUCUUGUGGACCAGUAGUUUUAAUAUAUACAGUAUCUAGUUUUGGAUACAAAAAAUCUUUAGUAUAGGUCUUGUCAUCUUUCUCAAAUUAAAUAAAUUGAAGACCAUAUUAAAGUGCAAACUGAGAACUGUUUGUUAAUGAGGAAGAAAAGGGAUUUGAGGAAAUAAAUGGCAUUUUCUUCUCCCUGUUCACAACCUUAAGUGAUGAGUUAGAUGGUAUGACACCGAGGGAGGAAGCAAAGGAACAGAAUUGGAGCAGGUGAUUGUUGGCUGGUGUGCUGGUGGUACCAGUGGAGAAGAUUACAUUCUUCCUUCCUUGAGCAAAGGACAGCACAGUGGAAAAGUUCAGGAGAUGACUUGGAGCAAGUUUGAAAAACAAAACAUUGAACUGUGUUAUUCAAAACGGACUAUCAGUUCCUGUCUGAGCCAUAUGCUAAGAAUACGCAUAAGAACUGAGAGACUUCUCUGACCAGCAGACAUCUUCAGUGGGUAUAGAUAGGAAAACUGAGCAUGGAUUUACAGAGAUUCUCUUUUAAUUUGACCAUGUACAUAUCCUGGAAUACAUGUUAUAAAUGUUGUUAGUGAAUUCAAAACCUUUACAGUCAGUAAUUCUUCAGUAUAGAUAUCUACAUUCAUAUAACACACCACCCUCAAAGUAUUCCACGCCUGCACCUUUCUUCCUUGAUGUAUUGCAGGUCAUUUUGACCAAGGGGCAGGAAGAAAGCUGAUAGGUUCAGUCAGUUUCAUUAUUCUGACCAAGAUGUAAAUUAAGAGUGAGUAAAUUUUGAAUGGAGCUGGCUGUCAGGUUUGGAAAUGGAGCUCAGAGGGGAAACAAAAUCCUGGUAGUGACUGGAGAUAAUGUGGUAGCAGUUCUUCAGAGGAAAUCUGCGACCAACGCAAGACAUUAUAAUCAACAUUGAUUUGGAAAUCAUCAGGGAUCUGCUUUUAUCCUCUGGCUACAUGAAUGCAUUAUGUUUGUAAUUUAUACUUGGCUCCCCUGUUGAGUAGAUCAUUUUUCAGGGUCCACAAAGUAGAUUUAUGAAUCUUCUGGGCGUCCAGAAUAUGUCCUCUGUCAGUAGAAAUUUGAGGUUUUUCUCAUGUCAUGUAAAGUAUCUCUUGUGUAUUACAGACUCGGGAGCGAGAGAUCCUGCAGUGUAAACUCUGUUGCUUCACAGCAGAGUACUGUACAAAAAGCUGCCUGGUGUAUAAUGAAAAGGUCGGGUUGGGUGUACAGAGAGGGUUGGCUUGUGUAAGGAUAUGUUCUGAGCUAUUUUCCCUGUGCAUUGUAAUUAACUUAAUUAACAUGUAAUUGUUCCAUAUGUAAUAAACCUAUUCCCAUCAUAAAA